UCAACAAAGCAAAUUCGAUCAAGAGGAAGAGCAGAAGAACAACGUCACAGAAAAGAAAGAAAGUACGAUGAGUAUGACUGGAUCAACUUGGUUCUACAAGGAGAACUUAGCAAAUUGACCAUUCCGGAAUUGGAUAAGUACAUUACUGAAAACAAGUUGAACAAAACAGGGAAGAAAAAAGAUAAGUUGGAUGCAAUUACAGCAGAUGUCUUACGAAAACACCAAGGAAGACCAAUUGAAGAUCUUUUGGAGCCGCAGCACAGAGACCAGGCAAGCAGUGAAAGUGACAGUGAUCAAGAUAUUGUAUUGGAGGAGUUUGGAUCAGAAAGUGAUCCUGAAAGUGAGACUGAAGAUGAACCUGAAAAUGAACAGAUACAAACUGUUGAUCCAGUUCCCCUUGUUGUUCAAACACGUUAUGGACGAUAUGCUGGAAAUUGGGCUUUGUCAGAAUUACAUUAA